AGAUCCCCUGCAUCCUACCAUCAUGUCUCUUCACACAUCUUCAAGCCGUCCUCCUUCAUUGGCGAGACCUAGCGGUCAUGCGCAUGACGUGGACGAAGUCGCUGAAGAGUUCCAAGGUGAUACGCAGACCGCGUUUGCCGAUAGGGCUCUAGCUAUUCGGCUGGCUCGAGAAGAGUCUAUGAGAGUGCAGCAGUUCAACGCAGAUCGACAACUCGCUCUGAGUCUCGCUGGCGGAGCUGCGGCUCCAGCGCCUACCAUAUUGAACACGCGAGGACCAGCAGCUACGGCUCCAAUUGCCACUGUGCCUGCUAACGCUGCGGCAACGAACAGCUCUAGAGACGCCGCUAAAACGAUUGGGUUGUUACACAUGAUAUCUGCAUGGUGGUAUGGGACUGGCUCUGAAGAUAAGGCAUCUACUGCAUCUAAGAGUCAGACGCCCGCCGCCGAAGGUUCGCGCGCGCAUGAGCAGCGACUCACAGGACACGAUUGUGUGAUCUGUGGAGACGCAAUACGUGGAAUCGAAGUGCGCACUCCCUGUGGGCACUACUACGACAGGCAGUGUAUCCUCGAUCUCUUCCAAGCUGCCACUCGGGAUGAGUCUCUCUACCCACCCCGAUGCUGCCGGUUGAAGAUACCACUGUCAUUGGUACAAUCAUACAUGACAUCAGCAGCUAUCAAUCUGUUCAACGAGAAAGGGCGCGAGUUUGGGACAUUGAAACGUGUUUACUGUGCCAAUCCUCGGUGCAGCCGCUUUCUCUGUGCACAGCUUGAAGCUAUCCCAUGGUUCAGCACAACAUCUGUCAAAUGCACGGCAGAGGGCUGCAAUACUGAAACUUGCUCUUUUUGCAAAGCUCGUUUGAUUCCGGGCACCAUCGUGCCUCAUACGUGUCGGAAGGAUUCCGUGGACCGAGAGGUGCUCGCGCUGGGCGAACGUUCUCGAUGGGCUCGCUGUCCAGGAUGCGAAACGCUCAUCGAGCUUAACCUCGGGUGCUACCACAUGACGUGCAGGUGUAAAACUGAGUUCUGCUAUGUCUGCCGAGCCAUAUGGAAGACGUGUCGAUGCCCUCAAUGGGAUGAAACUCGUCUUCUCGCUGCUGCAGAAGCUCGAGUAGAUGCACAACUUGGUAUUCCACCUGCUCGUCGGGAAAUGCAUCGCGCACAACCUCCUGUUCGAGCCGUUCCUCCCCCAGCCAAUAUAGCUGUUCAACCUCGUCGCAUUGUCCAGCCAGUGGCACAUGAACAUGAUGUAGUUCAUCAUCCACUGGCAGCCGCGGCGACAACAGCUCGGCGGCCUCAGCCACCCCCAGCACCUGUCCGUGUCAACAUUCCUACUAGUAGCACCCGACUCGCUCACAAUCCUACACCUACGGUUACCGCGUCAACCCCAAGGACCGAACCACACGCGACGACAUCCUCUUCACCCGCUAAUGUCUUCAGCAGACGAGCUAGUGUUCGUAACGCUUAUACUUCUCCUUCAGAUGUCGGUAAUUGGAGACGGAGCGCCGCUACGAGUAGCAGCGUACCUCAGCCGACACGCAGUGCGCAGGUGCCUAACAAGGGAAAGCAGCGUGAGCGACCUGAUAGAGCUCGACUUGUGAGAGAGGCAGUGGAGCAUCUACGCGUUAAUCAUGAGUGCGACCACCUCCACUGGAAAUAUCGCCAGGGGGGUGGUCUUUGCGAAACUUGUAAUCAUACUCUACCCUUGUAUCUUUUCAGAUGCGGGAAUUGCGCAAUAUUGGCCUGCAACAGAUGCCGUCGCAAUCGUCUUUGAGUAAGUGAUGGGGUUGGACAUGUCAAUCAAUGUCUCAGUAGAUUGUGCUUCUGUCUACCAGCCUGUAAUUCUGCAGUCAAUUCACACGCAAAGUGGCAUGUUCAUCGUGUUGACUACCAGUUUCACCUUGUGUAAUGUGAUGCGAUCAUUAACGAAC